CAGGAUGGACGGGAUUACGGAGAGCAGCGCUGCGCAAUUCCCUGUGCGGUGCGCUCUGCUAUGGGCUUCUCCGCAUGGAAUUUCUCCGUCUGCCUGAAUUGAUCCACACCUGAGACCUAUAACACACUUCGCAAUUCCACUCAUCCUGGAGAUAGGAGCGUACUAGCUAUAUGGAAACAUGGCCGACGUUCCCCAGAUCGUCAAAAUUGGGAUUUCCUUGAAGAUGCUUCCCAACAACACCGCGGUGUACUUCAAGUCCGACGGCGCACGGUUCGGACAGACCCGGACCAUCAAGCUGCUGACUGGGUCCAAGUACAAAAUCGAGGUGGUCGUUAAACCAGGAGCGGUCGAGGCCACGUCGAUGAGUGUGGGCGGGGUGACCUUUCCCCUGGAGCAGCAGUCUAAAGACCCACAGUCAGUGGUCUAUAGUGGCCAAUACGACACAGAAGGGGUGGCACACACCAAGAGUGGGGAGAGGCAACCAGUUCAAAUCAGUAUACAGUUCACAGAGGCGGGAAUGUUUGAGACGGUGUGGCAGGUGAAGUACUACAACUACAACAAGAGGGACCACUGCCAGUGGGGAAACAGCUUCAACAGCAUUGAGUAUGAAUGCAAACCCAACGACACGCGUACACUCAUGUGGGUCAACAAGGAGAUGUUUGUCUGAUGGAGGAACAGCCUGAGAGAUUCAGUGUGUAAUCUGCAAAAUCACACAUCUAGUUGUCAGUGUGUCAUGGUGAAAUUGAGACAUUUUCCUUUAAGACAAAAGUUUUCAGUUGCUUCCUGUUGCUAAAAGGAUAUCUUUAUCUGUCAUUCACCUCCUUAUCUACUGUCACUCUGCUCCUCUUAAGAGUUUUUUUCACUGUGGCUUCAUUGUUUUUUUCAAUCUUUCCACCAAAUAUCAGAAAAUCUAAAACUUUUUGUGUGUCUGGAAAAAUAUACACCCUUUCCUCCUUUAUGCUGUUAAACAAUGCAUUAGAUUUACUGCUAAAUCCGAUCAUACAGCAGUUCAUAUAAAAUGCGGUGAUACAAAUGUGUCAAGAUUAAUAUGGCAUUUAUUGAGGUUAAAAUGACACGUGGCACUUCUCAACAACCUACGUUAAAAUCAUUUUUAAUGAUGUAUUGAAAGAUAUAUUAACAUUUUGAGAUGAAUAUUUUUAAUGUAUAGUUCAGUUGUGGUAUUUGGUAACCCUCAAGUGUGUUCACACAUGUGUAGGUACAGUACUGUUAUGUGUGUGAGUGCACCUGUGCCUGUGUGUUUGGCUACAGUGUGUGUGUUUUGCAAUUGGUGCUUGUACAGAUGUGGUUUUUUGUGGUUAUGUACUUUGAAGCUGUGUCUACAUGUGAAGAGUUUCGUUCCAAUAUUUCCAGAUACUCAGGCCACGGCAGUUCUUAAAAAAUACUGCUGACAUGAAAGCAAAGUAUAAGUCAUGUCAACAUUUACCGAAAUGAAACCUUGUAGAAUAGAACACUUCCAACCAAGUCCAGUGUGUUUGAAUUAGUGACAUUUUUGAUUUAACUGGCCCCAAACAGAGUUCUUUCCAUCUGUCCUCGUAUGGGAACUUGCCACGACAUCUGUAGCCUCUAAUGUUAAAAAUGUGGGGUUUAUUUUCAAAGUCUGCAACAGAGCAGGGCAACAUCGCCAAAGAAAAUGAAUACAGUAAAAAACAAAUUCAAAUAAAGGAUAGUUUAUUACAGGUAUUCUCUUAUCAGCUACAACAAGUGCAAGGAUUACAAAACAGCACUACUUUCAGCCUAUUCUGCUGCUGCUUUUAAUUUCUGAGACUUUUAGGUGAGAUACCUUUUGUGUUGGUGUUGUUGCUGCCACCUUUAAAACCACUUUAAGUCACUCUUGACUGACUCAAGACUAAGUGGUACACCAUGCAGCCACCCAGUCAUUACUCAAGAUAGCAAGCUAGCUUGCUAUCCAAAUGAACUGGGGCACUGUUUGAUUGAAAUGGUGACAAGAAAACAGUUGCCCAUUUCAUAACAAAAAAAAGAUUGACUCAUUCUGUGGACUAUAACUACAUUUAUACUGUGCACUUAGCCCAGGUGCCUUGAUGAAAUCUUUCAUAGGCUCUUGAAAGUGUACAGGUCCACUCCUCUACCAGCCUCUACAAGCUACUGUUACCCAGAAAGAAAGCAUGCCCAUCUUCUCAAAAUAAGCCCAUCUCCCUUUACAAUGACACUGAAUCACACAAAAUCUUCUUGUCCCGUUUAAGUGAACUUAUACCACUGCCUGCCCCUGCAUUCAUUAAAAAUGGGCCGGUAGUGAUUUUGAAUGAAGCUCUGUGUGUAGCUGUGUGUCUGUGUAUCAUCUUGUGGUACCAUUUUGUGUACAGUAUGAUGCAGUAGGAAUUUUGUAUUUGGAUGAAGCUGUGCCCCUAUUUACAGUGUGUUUGUUUUCUCUACCUCUUCAAAGGACUUAGCCAUGAAUAUUUGUGUUUGUUAAAGAUAAAUAUUGUAUUGCAAACAUUUAGACCAAAAACUGUUAUUGACAUAUCUGGGGAAAAAAAUCUAUUUCUUGUGGUAAAUCAUAAUAUUUCAAAAAAAUUUGUUUUUUUUGUACAGUGAACCAUUUGAAAUGUUUUCAUAUUAUAUAUUUUGGUAGAAAUAACUAUAAAUGUUGAAAUUGUGAAUUGAUCUAUGCAAGAAAUCGGACCAACAAAAUAAUGAAAUGGUGCAAUAUAGAGUGAGAUUUACAUAUCAUUCUUAUCUUUUUGUGAAAGUGUUCUUUGUUUAUAAUUUAAUCCAAUUAAAAUGGAAAAUA